AUGUCACAAAGUGAUGUGGACUUUCUCUCAAACUGGAGAUCAGGCAAUAGAGGGGCAACAGCAGGAGGAAGUUUGGCUGACAAGGCAAAAUCGAUUUUCUCGUCGGCAAAGGAGGCUGUUGAAGAUGGAUAUGAUAGGGCAUACCAUGUUCUACCUAUGACAAGUGAUGAUAUUUCCCAGGAAGAGCCUUCAUGGUUUCAUAUGUCUCGUUUUGAGCGAUAUAUGGCAUUUGGGCUCUUCAUGCUAGGUUCUGCGGUGUGCUUUAUAUUGGGAUUCCUACUUUUCCCUGUUCUCACGCUAAAACCAAGAAAAUUCGCCAUGCUUUGGACACUUGGAUCACUACUUUUUGUUCUUAGCUUUGGCUGCUUGCAAGGUCCCUCUAAUUAUUGUCGCCACUUGAUCUCCAAAGAGAGGCUUCCGUUCACAUGCGUUUUUUUCGGCAGUGUGCUGGCCACAAUAUACUGUGCCUCAAUACUUCGGUCCACUGUAUUAACUCUCGUUACAGGUAUUGUUGAGAUUUUUGCAGUUCUUUACUACACGAUAAGCUAUUUCCCAUUUGGUGCACAGGGGUUAAAUAUUAUUACCAAUGCGGGGGUUCAUCAGAUUGGAAGCAUGGUUGGUGUGUAG